AUGCUAACAUCAAGUAUUACACCUGAGAGAAAACAAGUCCUGAACACACCAAAUGCAAUAUCCAGAAGAAAAAUUCAAGAAGAGGAUUCUACAGUUGAGAUUCCAGAUGCAAUCCAAUUUAAAAAUGCCUUGAAGCAGUUUGAAAGAUUAGUGGAAAGAACUGUGUCUCAGAAGCGGGACGAAAGGUUAGGCUUGUAUGUAAAAGAUGCUGAGGAAAUCGAUUAUGAAAAAUUCUAUGCUGCAGUCCAGGAACUUUUUGGGACAGAUGUAAAAGCUCAAGAUGUUAAAACUUUCUAUAGAAAGAUUAAUAACAACCCAGAUGGACGGACAGAAUGGUGUGAGAUCUUUGGGUACUAUAUACUGGAGGGUGAUGCUCUCGCUGCUCAACUUGAUGAAGAAAAUAUGGUUUUCCUAGUAUCCAAAAAACAGCGAAUUACAAAAGCAGGAGUCAAGAGACGUGAUGUAAUAAAAUGCAUAGUAAAGAUAACACAGCUGGAUUUUAUACUAACAGCAUCUCAAAAAGGAAUGUUGUCCAUUUUUAAUAGCCAGAUGAGGAUGCUGGCAAGCACAAGUAUUCCAGAUAGUUCCUGGAUAAGUGGAUGUGAUUUCCUGAGUCAGCUCAAGCGUGUGGUUGCAAUAACGGAAAGAAGCAUCAUCAUAUGGGAUUAUAAAACACAAGGGACAGCCAUGGAUAACUGUUUUAUUAUCAAACCGAUGGAACAUUGUCUCCUCUCUGUCUGUUCCGUUCACCGACCAGCAGAAUUGCUUGUGAAGGAUGACAUCUUAAUGGGAGAUGAUGCAGGAUUUGUAAACUUGUUUUCUAUGACCAGUGACGAUUUUGGUCUAAAACAAUCCAAAUCUAAAAAAAAAUCACAAAUAAUGGUGAUAGAUUCUAAGAAAUUCAAAAAUAUUAAACGCAAGCUGCAUAAUGACUGGGUGGUGAAAGUAAAAUAUAUUCCAACCUUGAAUUGUUUUGGAUCAUGCUCUUUGGACAGUGUUCAUUCUUUGGUACUGGAUGACCUCAGAAGGCUAGAAGACAACAUAGCUGUCAGGGAAUUUUCUAUACCAAGAGGAGUGAAUGCCUUCACAUAUUGCACAAAAGCCAAUAUUGUUGUUACUGGAGGAGAUGAUAAAAUUCUACGCUUGUGGCACCCUAACAUCAACACAAAGCCAGUGGGAAAGCUGAUGGGGCAUUUAUUUAGUAUUACAGAGAUUGUCACCAAUGAAAAAGAUCAGCACAUCAUUAGCCUUUCUACUGCAAAGAUUUUUAGAGUAUGGGAUAUCCAGACCCUUUCACUAAUGCAGGUCUUCCAUGACAGUCAAUCAGGGCCCAGAGAGGCACAGAUCUUUGCCAUGUUAUUUGAUAAUAACCAUGGUACACUGAUUACAGGGUCGGCUGUCAUUGAUGUCUAUCCUCUGACCCGGAUGAUACAAGACACCAAACAGGUCCCACAGACACAUGAACGGAACAUCAAUGUACUACUUUACAACAAAGCUUUUCACCAAGUCCUUACUAUCUGUUCUGAGUCUGUAGUAAGGGUAUGGGAAUUGGAAACAGGGCAGUUGAUAUACCAGAUUGAGGAUGCUCAUGGGUCUAAUGUUGAAGUUACAUGUGCAGCAAUUGAUAACAAUGGGUUUCACCUUGCCACAGGAGCAUGUGAUGGGACUGUCAAAACAUGGGAUUUUGGAAGUGGACAGGAACUUAAAGGUUUGCCUCUAGGCAAGGAAAUCAAUGAUAAUGAACAUUGGCUGUUGCAGAUGGUUUACCUGAAUGCUAGCGAGAGUAGACAUGUGAUCCUGGCCUUGGAGUACAGCGGAUUGAUCAAAAUUAUUCAGGCUAAUGAAGGUGAGCCUUUCUUCUCUAUUACCUGGAAUCUUCCUGAUGCUGUUUCAGUUGCACUACAAGGCAAUUCAUUGAUUUCCCUCAAAUUGAGUCCCAAUCCCAAGAAAAUUAAUGGAUUUUUCCCAGAUAUCGAACUGUUGCCUAAUAAGGGUCCUGAAAAAUCAAAUACAGAGAUACCUCAGGGGACGGAAGUCAAAUGCUUUGAUUUGCUAAGAGUAGAAGGUUAUAAUUUGUUAGCUACUGCAAGUCCAAAUGGUAGUAUCAUCAUGUGGGAUUUUGAAUCUGCCACUGCCAGACACAUAUUCAAAACUAGCAAUAUCACUGAAGGAGAGGAACCUGAAUUACGAGGAAUCAAUAAAUUACACUUCCUUUAUCGACGUACCAUGUCUGAUAGGGAUCUUAGUCAGUCCAAUCUCAGUUCAGAUCCUCAAAGCGAUGACAGUCGUACUCAAGAAGGAGAAGGCAGUAUUGUCAAGCUGGAAAGUGAUAAAAGCGAAUCUGGUGGUAUAGCUGCUUCUUCAGGUAUGAACUCAUCUUCUCUUAUUGUGGAGAACAAAGAAGUAACACCCAGUUUAUUGAGUACUGGAGCUGAAAAAUUGGAACGUUUGAACAUUCCUGUACUUGCCUCAGCUCAUGAAGAUGGUUAUAUCUACCUCUGGACUAUAAUGGGAGAUCUACUGAGAGAAAUUUUGCCUUUCACAAAAAAUCCUCCAAUUCCUUUGACAGCACUGUGCACUGACAUCUCUUAUAAAAUGAUUUUUGCUGCAAAUAAAGAGGGGCAUGUUAUCCGAUGGAGUGUGGGCUCGUUUUUAGAAGAUCCGCGAGAUGUCAAAAAGCGUGUAAAGCAACAAAUUUGCUGGCGAGCUCAUUCCACCAAAAUAGUUGACCUCUUCUACAAUGAAGAAAGAAAUCUGGUGGUGACUGCUUCUGUAGACUGUUCUGUGAGGCUUUGGCAUUCACCCGAUGGACAUUACUUUGGUUAUUUUGGUCAGCGCAGAUUGUUUGACAUUUCUCAACUUACUGAUAUAAUUUUGCCCUGUGAUAUAAAUGAACUUCCCUUCACAAUAAGAGAUGGCAGCAAAUAUAUGGAGAAAAAGCAGAAGUAUGAAUAUCCCCUAGUCCUUGACAGGCAAAGGUGGAAGACUCUAACCAGAAGUUCUUUAUCCUUGAAAAAACCUGGUCCAUCAGAAAUUGAAUAUGAUUUCAAAUUUUUCAAAGCCUUAGCUUCUCCAAAGAUUAACAAACAGCCUCUGGAAAGUUUCAAAUCUGGAAACAAAGAUGCCGGUAUUGUAUUUGGCUCUAUACCUAUAUAUAGGGUUUUAAGUCCCCCAAGUUUGACAAGUACUACUACAGGAAAAAAUGGAUCUGUCGACAGUAUCAUCAAGCGAAGCAGAAUAAUGUUUACUACACCAUCACGUUUCAUGAUUAGAAGGGAUGGAGAUGCUAGCCAGACACCAAUCUCCUCCCCAUCACGUACAGGGUCCCAAUAUAAAAGCCGUGAACAUGUUGUGAUGGAACAUUACAGAAAUAAAACCUAAACAACAAAGCAAAAUCAGUGAUCUGAAUUACUGUACUGAAAUUAAAUUUCAAUCUUUCAUUACCAGGACAUCUAAAGGUCAAACUUCAAACUUUCUUUACCUGCUACUGAAAGGAAUAUCUGUCAGGUCAUAAC